UGGCUGUUAUGAGAAAGUCUAGCUGUUAUGAGAAAGUCUUUGGCUGUUAUGAGAAAGUCUGUGCUGAUGUGAAGUGGCGCUGGCGCUCGCGCAGGAGCAGAUGAAGAGCUGCGCUCGCGCUGAUACCCAGAAAAGACUCACAAUAAGGAGCCUGUUUGGGUCGGAUUAGGAAUAUUCAAUGAAGACAAAUUCGAGUCUAUUGUUUGAGUUUUUUGAAUACAGCUUUUGAAGGACGAGUCUUCGAAAAAAUCCCAGACAGACAUUCCACUAAACUUGGAUAGGAAGAGCAAUGAGUGCAGACAUUUGCUUGGGAUUAAUCUGCCUGGCCGCUGUUCUGUGCACUGCCCAGUCUGUGGAUUCUCCUGAGUGCAGUCCAGGGGGUCAUACGGUUCUGCAGAACCCUUCCCGAAGCACAAGUUUCAGCUCUCAGCAGCUUCUUCAGUCAGGCCUGCAGAAGAAGCUUGUUUGUGACCACUCACUGACGCCUGGAUGGUAUAAGUUCCAGAUCUUUGAUAAACCAGCUCAAAUGCCCACCAAGUGUGUGGAGGUGAAUCACUGUGGUACCCAAGCUCCAGUCUGGCUCGCACUAGGUGAAGGGGAGACCCUCCCUCGCCCCCUGGAGGUUAGGAAGCUGACUGCUUGUGCUACCUGGCAGUUGUUCAGCGGGCCAAAUAAAGAGUGCUGUCUGUUUCGAAUGCCUGUCACUGUGCGGAACUGCGGGGAAUUCUAUGUGUAUCAACUCCAGCCUACACAGGGGUGUAUGGCCUACUGUGCAGAGGAAAUGUCCAUUUCCACUGAACCUAUCUGUGACCCAGAGCACAGGAACAUAGAUGGAAGUUGCAACGAUAAGCAACAUCCAUCGCCAUCAGUUCCAGAGAUUGUGGCUGAGCUGUCAGGCCUCAGUGUGUUGUUGAAGUGUACAUUUGGUGGCCACAGUGGGAAUAACUCUCUAGGAUUUGUGGUGACCUGGUGGCGUCUUUCCCCAAAAGGAAACAAAGAGGAACUCAGGCAGGAGACAACUUUACAGACUUCAGCGUUCAUUGAGUUGGAUGGUAUCAACCUUCGGCUUGGAGACAGGAUCUCUUGCAGCUGCUCCAGUUUCUUUCUAGAUUCUCCUGACAGACAGAGUCCUGAUGUGGAGAGUGAGGAGUUCUUUGCAGGGAUUCGAAUGCUACCCAAACUUGCCUCCAUUUUAGAGGAUGGAAAGGAGCAUGAGCUGGUCAUAGAGAGCACCGUUCCUGUACCCUGUCUUUCAGAGACAUGCACUCUUGCAUUACAGCUCAGAACCAGCAGCCAAGAUGAGGAGGAUUUGGGUCCUGAUCUGGUUCUGUCCUCCUGUGAGGUGAAGCUGUCUCAUGCUCCCUGCCGUAAGGGAGUGUGCAGUCAGGCACUGCUUCACUACAGCGCAGUGACCGAUAUCAACAAGGAUGGAAACAGGAGCACUGAGAUAUCAAUCAAACCCAUAGUCAGCACUGAUUUCCUCUGGAAUGGAUAUGCACCAGAAAAUGUGCAGAUCAUCAUAAAGGAUGUCUUACCUGCUUACUGUUACAUUUUCACUGAUCCUCACAUCAUAACAUUUGACGGCAGGAGGUAUGAUAACUUUCACAUAGGCACAUUUGUGCUUUACAAAAGCACAAUUCGGCCAUUCGAAGUUCACGUGCGUCAGUGGGAGUGUGCUAGUAUAACAGCCCACCCCACGUCUUGUAUAUGUGGCUUUGCAGCCAGAGAUGGAGCUGAGGUUAUCUCCUUUGACAUGUGUAACGGACUGGCCGGAGAAACAAAGCCACGCCUCUUAGUGAAGAAUGGAGACCUGGAAAAGAGCGCCAUUCGCAUCACUGAGUCUUAUCAGGGUCGCAAAGUCACUCUGACUUUCUCUUCAGGUGCAUUUGUGCGGGCAGAUGUAGCUGAGUGGGGCAUGAGCCUGACUGUAAUGGCCCCUGGUUCUGAUCGAAGCCACACUGAGGGUCUUUGUGGAACAUUUGAUGGACAACCACUCAAUGACUACCACAGAGCAGGAGGGGAAACGUUAGCAGACAGUGUUACCUUCAUUAGCACAUGGAGACUAGCACCAAGCAACAGCUUUUUUGACAAAAUCCCAGCCUAUGAGAGCAGAAUGAGCAUUCGCAACUUCUGCCACUGUGCAAAGGAACCACGUCAGUCAAACCUUCAAGCUCGUCUUCCCUCUAGCACUUUCCCCUGCUCUCAUUUGGCCCAUUUUCGCUCCCCUUUUAUAAUCCCUACUCAGGAUGUCACAUCAAAGUAUAUCAGACCCAUCAAGCGUCUCACACAAAGUGCCAGAAACCAUCCGAAGGUGCAGCAACAGGAUACUGGCAGCAAGAAUCAAGGGAGGCAGCAGAAUCGAAGACAAGCUCCAUCGAGUGUAAGCCAGUCAGAUUCAGAGGACUUUAACUAUUUCUUCCCUGAAGACCAGGUUCUAUCCACACAUCCUGAAUUACCAAUACCAACAUGGCCUACUGAGUCUGGACUAACAGAGGCAGAUGCACAGCGGCUGUGUGGUGAUGCCUUGCGAAACUCCACUGUGGCACGUAGCUGUGUUGGCCUGUUGGAUGAGGUGAUGGAGAAGGCACUGGAGAUGUGUAUAAUAGAUCAACAGCUGAAGGAUGAGAGAGCCUGGCUUGGAGCCACCGUGCCCCUUCUGGAGAACGAGUGUGAGAGGAGAGUGGUGCAAGAAGUUUGGAGAAGGGAGGAGCUCAGAGACAUAUUCACAUUCCUUAGGUGCCCAAACCUUUGCAGUGGCAAUGGACAAUGCACUGAGCGUGGUUGCAUGUGUUUUCCUGGGUUUGGAUCUUAUGACUGCAGCCAUGUCUCUGAUCAGACCCCAGAGAUCACAGAACUGGAGGGUGGAGGACUCUGUGAUGUUAAACACAGCUCUUGUUCCACUGUCAGAGUUCUUGGGAAAGGUUUUAGGGACACAUUUGAACUGAAAUGUGAAGUCAUGAGGGAGAAGAUAGUAGAUGGUGAGUCGUCAUUGAGUGAUCCUCUGCUGGUUCGAGCGUUGUUCCUCAUCUCCUCUGCUUUAGAGUGCCAGCUCCCUGUUGAAGAUGUGCAGUCAGCUGGUGCCCAUCACCCACCUGUCACUCGCUGGCAAAUCAAGGUUUCUAAUGAUGGCUACAGCUUCAGCAAUGCCAAGAUAUUCACACUGUUUGAUGGCACGUGUCAAGAGUGCACACUCAGCAGUGGGGUUCGAUGUACUUUAAAGAACAGCAGCUGUAGCAUUGAUGGUCAGUGUUAUGGAGAAAGUGAGCGCAGUCCCAGCAGCCCCUGUCUCAUCUGUCGACCUGACCUCUCCAAGUCCAGCUGGUCCAUUAGUGAGAAAAACAAACCUCCCGUGUUUCAUUCAGAGCAAACUCACCUGCAGACAUUUUAUGGGGAAAACUUUGUGUACCAGUUUGUAUCAACUGAUCCAGAAGGUUCUACAGUUCUGUUCAUGCUGCUGACUGGACCCAAAGAUGCCGUUCUCUCUCCUGCUGGCCUGCUCAUCUGGAAAGCCAUGUCAUCCUCUCCUGUGACCUUUGAAAUGUCUGUAGUUGAUGACUGUAAUGCAGAGACACGGGCUAUUGUAAAGGUCUCAGUUCGCCACUGUGACUGCCAUCACGGAGCCUCGUGUGUAACCAACAUGAAAUUCCCUCCUGGCAGCGGCGAGUAUCUGUGUGUCUGUCCAGUUGGACUUGAAGGAGAGAGAUGUCAGGUUAAUGUGAAUGACUGCAAAUCAAACCCAUGUCAGAGAGGUGAAUGUGUGGAUGGACUGAACACUUUCACAUGUCUCUGCCCAGCAGGUUUUACUGGUGUGAUGUGUGAGAAGGAUAUUGACGAGUGUGUGUUAGCUCCAUGCUUCCCUGGAGUGUCCUGUGAAAACACACCAGGGUCAUUUGUGUGUGGACGCUGUCCUGAUCACUUUACUGGGGACGGGAAAAACUGCAUCCGUAAAACAAGACCCAGAGACCCUACAGAAGAUGAAGGAGUCAACGCCAGACAUUUCAAACCCAACCUCAACCCAGCUCAGAGCCCAUGUUCCAGUCGACCCUGUUACCCAGGAGUCCAGUGCUUUGAGAGUGUGUAUAUAUCUACUGGAUAUAUCUGUGGUCCAUGUCCUUCAGGUCUGCAUGGAAAUGGACAAACCUGCACAUCAAGACCAGAAAACAGGCUCACACCAGGCACUAGAGAAGGGAACAGACCUGAUGUCCUCUUCUCUUCAUCAGCCUCCACUUCCUCAUCAUCUCAGAAAUCCUCUGAAUCUUUUGUUAUAGCAGAAAAGAAAACACUAUCACUCAUUUAUGGAAAGACCUCUUUAAACCCUGUUAACCAGAAUAUAACUCCUGCAACAGCUUCUGGAUCCGGAGGGCCGCUUGAUGCGGAGGACUCAGAGCCUGUGCUUGGUAGAGAUCGCAGGACUUGCAAUGACUCUUCCUGUUUUCCUGGUGUGCCUUGUGAGCCUUCUGCAACUGGACACAAGUGUGGCCAAUGUCCUAACGGAUACAGCGGGAAUGGGAUCACAUGUAAAGCCAUGUGUCGUUAUCCGUGUGGACAGAACAUGGAAUGCACUCUGCCUAACACAUGCACCUGUAAAGAAGGAUACACUGGAUAUAACUGCCACAUUGCCGUGUGUCGUCCUGACUGCAAGAACAGAGGGAGGUGUGUAAAGCCCAAUGUGUGUGAGUGUCCUGUAGGAUACAGUGGACCAACCUGUGAGGAAGCAACAUGUGAUCCUCUCUGUCAGAAUGGAGGCAGCUGCUUGUCUAGAAACCUGUGUACCUGCUCCUAUGGCUAUGUGGGACCACGGUGUGAAAUUAUGGUGUGUACACGUCACUGUGAGAACGGUGGGGAAUGUGUGUCUCCUGAAGUGUGUAAGUGCAAGCCCGGCUGGUAUGGACCAACUUGUAACUCAGCUGAUUGUAAGCCUGUGUGUCUGAAUGGUGGCACCUGCAUCAAGCCUAACAUCUGUGCAUGUCCUAGUGGUUUCUAUGGAUCACAGUGUCAGAUAGCUGUGUGCAACCCGCCCUGUAAAAACCGUGGUCAGUGCAUGAGGAACAACGUUUGUUCCUGUCCUGAAGGUUACACUGGCAAGAGAUGUCAAAUGAGUGUGUGUGAUCCGAUGUGCAUGAAUAAAGGAAAGUGUGUGGGCCCAGACACCUGUUCUUGUCCGUCUGGCUGGCGAGGGAAAGUCUGCGAUGUCCCGGUUUGCUUACAGAAGUGUAAAAAUGGAGGAGAGUGUGUGGGACCCAACACAUGUCACUGUCCUGCUGGAUGGGAAGGCCUACAGUGUCAGACUCCCAUCUGCAAGCACAAGUGCCAAAAUGGAGGAAAGUGUGUGUUUCCAAACUUCUGUCAGUGCCGCUCAGGGUACACAGGAUCGACCUGCGCUACCAGAACCAGAUGAUGAAAGAAGAACAGGAAACAGAAACGUACUGAAACAUACCACAUGAGGAGAUGACAAACUCCACAGGAUCGGAUAUGUGUGUGACGGAGGGUGUGUGUACGAAAGUCUACGUAACUGUUUAUAUGUUUAUGAAUGUGUAUCUCAGGCAGCAGCCAAAACUUUUUGCAUAUGGCUAUGAUUGCACAUCUAAUUCUGCAGUUUCAUGCUGCUGUUCAUGCUGUUCACCUGCUAGUCAUGAGGUGAGUGAACUCAACAAAGUGUGUCUGCCAAGUGUACUUCUCACCAGAGUCUCAUCAUAUUGUCCGUUUUUAGCUGUUAAUGUUGUCAGUGUUUUAAAGCCAUAUAAUAUAAUGCACCGUAUAAGUCAAACUCUAAGAUACAAUGUUAAGUUUUUUAUGUUUAUUUUUCAUGUUGUUUUUCACUUGUAAUAUCACACUGAGGUGUAUAGACUUUUUAUAGCCAUGGUAUGUGUAAGAUCGCAUAUUGUUACAGUGACUGAUGAGCUUUUACACUACACAGGUACAUUUCUUAAAGAAAUUAAUGGAACGUUCUUUAUUUUCAAAUCAAGUCAAGAAUUUUACUGUCAUUGUUUUAUUUUGUAAAACAAUUAUUUUUAUUGAAAUAUAUUCUUUUUUUUUUUUAUGUACUUUAUAUUUGAAUACAAUACGUGUUAAUGUACACUUGUAA